AGUCUGUGCGUGCGUGUCUAUCUGUGUGUGUGUGUGUGUGUGUGUUUGUGAGAGGUUUUCCUUCACGCCCGCUGACGGAGUGUCGCUGUGCGUGUAGCUGCGUUUACGCGAGCGACGGGUAGUUUUAGAUUACACCUCUUCUUCUUCUUUUUCCUCCCCGUUUGCGGUACCUCUUCCCUUCAUGGAUAUCCGCCACGCUAUCCUUUCCUUACUAUUUCUUUUCCACUAGCGUAUCAAAAAUAUAUACGUACAGCUCUGAGCAAACUCCAUGUACUCCAUCAGUCGGUUCUUGCUGUACGUGGGCGGUGCGUCUACCACCAGCACCGGCGGCGGCGCACAGUCAGACUACCACAGCUCCUCCUCCUUAUCGGAGGCCUUUCACGCGCCCCACCAACGCGCCAGCUGGACCUUCGACCACGUGGUGGUCGACGUCCCCUCGCUCGUCAACUCCGUGGCGUACCUCACCCGCGACUUCAUCGGCCACGAGCGUGAUCGCGAAACGGUGAAGAUCGUCCAGCGGCAGCUGCAAAACGUGCUGCUGCGCCGCCUCUCCCCGCGGAAGAGCCUCGCGUUGCUCUUCGACGGCAGUCCGCCGCUCUGGCAGAUAGAGCGCACCCGCCUCUUCCCUGGUCGGCACUACGACUCCAAGCUCUACCGCAGCUGCGCCUCGCCGAUGCCGUACCUGCUGGAGGAAACGCUCCGACGCACCGCCAUGGAGCCGCGCACCCCGUCGCCGCCGCCGCACGAGGUGCUGAUCAGCGGACCAGCCACGCCGGGCCUGGCAGAAGGGAAGAUAUCCGCCUACCUGUUGGACCUCGCGACCCGCGUCACGCAGCCGCCGUCGUCGCCGCCCAACUUGUGCCCGGCGGUGCGAGCGAGCGAUUCGAUCUGCGUCGUCGGGGCACCGGAGCUGGCCUGGAUGCAGCUCGGGGUGACGCCGUUUCAAAACAUCACCGCCGUGUCGCUGAAGCAGGGCGAGCUGACGUGCUGCUCGUUGACGGAUGCGAUGGCGUGGCUGCGACUGAGUCACCUGCUGCCUCCCUCCACGGCUGACUCUCCUCGAGCAACCACACCAACCGCAGCGGGGGGAGAGGAGGAAGGAGAUGAAAGCAAGAUCAGCAACGACGGCGCGUCGAGCGAGGCGGUGACCGGCAUGCGGCGCCGCCUCGCCGCGGUCCGCACGGAUGUGACAUUUUUGUACCUCCUGACGAACGGCCACAACACGACGGGGCUGCCGCAGGUCCUGGCGACGCCCUUCACGGACGUGCUGGACGCCUACGUUGAGCUGGAGAACGCCUUCCACGCCGACGGCGUCACAAGCGCUGGCGCGAAGGAUGACGAGGCGACGACGGCGCCAUCGUUUCGCAGCUUCCUCUUCGAUGAGGAGCCGUUAGCGUUGCAGCAGCUGGAUCGCCCAGCACUGCGACUGCGCACCGCCGCCCUGCUAAAGCUGCUCGUGCGUGUGUACCGCAACGCGAUCGGUCAGGCCGCCUCCGUCCCCUCCAGCUCCAAGCCGACGCCGCACGCCGCCACGCUGCUCACAUGGACGCUGCAGACACACGGUUUGUGGUGCUCGGGUGGGGUGCCGUCAGCUGGGUGGUCGCCGACGCCCGAUAUCAGCAGCAGCAGCAGCACCUCCGCGAGUAGUAACGCCUCUGCGCUGCUGGACAAGUAUUCGAAGCUCUCCGUAGAGCAACUGAUUCAGCAUUGCAGCUACCUCACCACCACCGCUGCUGCUGCUGCUGCCGUCAACGCUCACGACGGGUCGUCGGCAUUAACACCUUCGUUGUACCUGUGUCCGCCACGCUCGCGCAGCUUCGGUCUGACGGGAGCCGAGGCGCUGGUCAUGACGGCGACGCAAGCCGAACACAUUCAUCAGUUGCUACCCCUCUACGUGCGUGGCCAUCGUCUGCCCGACAGCGUCGCCGAGGACAUCGUGAGCACGCGUAACGUGCACGAGGCACUGCGCAAGACGCAGCAGGCCCUGGGCGGGGUGGUGGCCGCCGCGGCGAAGGAGCUGGCGAUGAUGACAGCAGCCGAAGACGACACAAACAACGCCGACACGGAUGCGAAUUCUACUUCUCCUCCGCCUGCUGAUGCUGCCGCUGCUGUUUCUGCGACGGCGUCCGCGGCGGAGAUGACCGGCCCACACCCGGCCCUCACGCACCUGCCGUCCCAUCUGUUUGUCCGCACGGUGGGCAGUCAACGCGGGCUCCCGCGGGGCUGGGCCUACUACGGCGUGCACCUCGGUGCCCGGGCAGAGGCGCUGAGCGUGCGCUACAGCUGCGACGCGGCCACUGCGACGAAGACCGCCCCUCGAGUGAUGAACGGCAGCGCAGGGACGGAGUGA